UAUAUAAAAGUUGCAAUUGGGGCAGAAGUUACAGUAUGACUUUGUGCCUUGAAAUGGAUUAUUUAACUUGUGCUUUUAUCUUCGUAUCAUUUGUGUCAAAUUCUUUGGCACAACAGCCUCAACAAGUUAAUCCUUUGGGGGUCCGCUACUCUGCAGCUACCGAUGUUUCUCACGUGUCGUUCAGUUCACCUUUGGUCACUUACGGAAGUGCUUUAAGCGACAUCCAACUUCCUGCAGCUCCGAUACAGCCAACCAUCAAAACAUCACAACCAGAAGAGCCCAAAUCUGCCAAUCCACAAUUGAAAAGUCCGCAAGGGUUUUCUUCGAGUCAACCGCAAACUGUGGCUAGAUAUUCUCAACCUCAACAACAAUCACAGUAUCCUGUUGCUCAGCCACAGUUUUCUCAAGAAGCUCAACCACAAUAUUCUCAAGCUCAGUAUCCUGUAGUUCAGCCACAAUAUUCUCAAGCAGUUCAACCACAGUAUCCUGUAGCUCAACCACAAUAUUCUCAAGUAGCUCAACCACAGUAUUCUCAACUAACUCAACCACAAUAUUCUCAAGCAGUUCCACCACAGUAUUCUCAAGCAGCUCAACCACAGUAUUCUCAAGCAGCUCAGCCACAGUAUCCUGUAUCUCAACCACAAUAUUCUCAAGGAGGUCAACCACAGUAUCCUGUAGCUCAAGCACAAUAUUCUCAAGCUCAGUAUACUCAACCAUCUGCCCCUUUGGUUUCGAGGGUGGCUUUCAAUGGACCAUUGAGUGGUUUCAGCUACCAGUUUUAAGUGAUUUUUGUGUUCCUGUUAUUUUCUAGUUAAAUACAUUUAUUUUGUUAUAUUUUUGUUUGUUUUUUUUGCUAGAUAGUUAUUUAUUCUCCAGGUUUAUUUAUCAAAAUUGUUGUUUAUUAGCGACUAAUGAUCGUCAUAUUUAUCAUAGUUUUUAGUUUAUCUUCAUCUUAGUACAAAAAUGUUGAAAUCUAUAAUUUUCCAUGUUGGGAUCGCUCAAACUGUAUAUACUUAUUGUGGGAAUUGAAGCUGAAAUAUUUGAAACAAGAUCAGCGGAAAAGUUGAAAAAUGAUAAAAGUUC